AUGGAGAACGGCUCAUCACCUCUCAUCGUGGGCGGACCUAACGGCACAACAGCGCCACAGACCAACGGUACCAACGGCAUCUCUCGGACGGCAAUGACCAAUGGAUCGACCAGCCUGCUAGGCCAAUCGCAAGGAUCAGGCACCUUCAACGUCAAGAGCGGCCUUGCUCAGAUGCUCAAAGGGGGCGUCAUCAUGGAUGUCAUGAACGUCGAACAGGCCCGCAUCGCAGAGGAAGCAGGAGCAUGCGCCGUCAUGGCACUCGAGCGCAUCCCUUCAGAGAUCAGAAAGCAGGGCGGCGUCGCUCGCAUGUCAGAUCCUGCGAUGAUCAAGGAUAUCAUCGAGGCCGUUACUAUCCCUGUCAUGGCAAAGUGCCGCAUCGGCCAUUUCGUCGAAGCACAGAUCCUCCAAGCACAAGGCGUCGACUACAUCGACGAGUCCGAAGUGCUUACGCCGGCUGACCCUGCCAACCAUAUCGCCAAGCACGCCUACAAGGUUCCCUUUGUGUGUGGCUGCAAGAACCUCGGCGAAGCGCUACGCAGAAUAUCAGAGGGCGCAGCGAUGAUCAGAACCAAGGGCGAGGCAGGCACGGGCAAUGUCAUCGAGGCCGUCCGCCACCAGCGCCAGGUGCAGUCUGAGAUCCGCAAGGCCGCUGCUAUGUCCGAUGAGGAGCUGUACACCUUUGCAAAGGAGAUCUCUGCGCCAUACCAUCUGCUCAAGGAAGUCGCGCGUACAAAGCGUCUACCCGUCGUCAACUUUGCCGCGGGCGGCAUCGCAACCCCUGCCGAUGCAGCGCUCAUGAUGGCGCUCGGAUCGGACGGCGUCUUUGUUGGCUCGGCCAUCUUCGACUCUGAGAACCCAGGCGUGGUCGCAAAGGCCAUCGUCCAGGCAGUGACGCACUACCAAAACCCGCAUAUGCUCGCCCAGGUGUCUACUGGCCUCGGUAAGCUCAUGAAGGGCGAGAACGACCUCAACAGAACAGGCCUAACGAAGAUGAGCGAGCGCGGUUACUAG